CCUCUACUGAUCAUACUACCACUGAUUGCGUCCUCACUCAUCCAGCCUUCCGAAUCCUUCUUUUCCUUCUUCCUGCAUCUCAUCUCCAUCUGCGGCGUCUGCUGUGCAGUCAGGACGUCCUGCGGCCUGCUCCAUCUUCACCUUCCCUGACAAUAAGCUACCCUCCUUCGUCUCUGCUUCAUCUCGUUUCUCUCUUGCUCGUACACGUCCGCUCUCUAGCAUUGCUGGCUGCUUCUUAUCGGCCCCAGCUGAUGCAUCCUGCCUGAACCUACUUGUUCACUCGCUGGACUUGACACACUUGGCACAAUGGCAAUCGGCAAAGGCUCAGCUGCGAGCAUAUAUGCUACGGUCGAGGAUUCUAAACCUGCCCUUGAGGGGUUUCCUUCUUCGACUGAUCCCAUCUCCAGGGGAGAUUGUGGUCUUGGCCUUCAGCUCGAUGCCUCUUCGGAUUCAGCCUCAACGCCAACAAAUGUCUCAACUCCAAUUGCUGUUCCUCGGAAUACAUCCUCCACAAGAGGAGAAGGAACAUCAUACAUAGAUGCUCAGCCCAGCGGGCAUAGUCGUCCCCUUCUGGAGCGCCUUGAUAUGGACUCUGCCAGCAAUUCCUCUGCCAGUCCCUAUCCAAGCGGAUCGCCACCCAUGACGCCGGCCCGCAAGAGGCUGAUGGAGCUGGACCCCGAUGCCGGCGGACGUUCUCCAGGCAGCCGUUCCGUUCACGUAGCUCUCACAUCGCCAUCUACUGCUCGCACGCCGCUUGCUGCGACGGCACCUCUACCUGAAACACCAUUGAAGCAUGGCCAUGAUGAGAGCACUACUGCUACGCCUACGCGCUCAUCCAUAGUGGAGAGACGCCGAGCGCCUGCAAUGCCGCCUCUUUCUCCUCCCCUGCAAGAGGGCAGUCCGGACAGAGCGCCUCGGGGGCUUGGUUUGGGUCUCACGCCCACUAAACAAAGUACGUCCGCAUACUUUGGGGGAGCUCCUUCUCCUGCAAUCAGCAGAGGUGAAGCGAGAGGCCCGGGCACGCCAAGUAGCCGUACGAAGCUACUCGAGUUCGACAUGUCUUCGACCACCGACGAAGAUGACUCACUUUCGUUGACCGCCCAAGACAUUGAGCAAUCGGCUGGACCGUCUGCGUCGUCCUCGAUUCUGACACCAGAAAUCGAUCCAUCUUCUCCGAGCAAAGCAGGAGGCCGCAACGCCAGUGCCACACAGAUCUCGCAGAAAAUUGGGAUGACAGCAGACCGGGCAAAUGCUGCGAAGAAGGGCGAUUCCACAACGGCCAGAGGUAGCGGAGCUAGUCGGUGGGCUGAUCCUGAGCCACAAAGCCCCACCCUCCAGCAUGGCGAGGCAGACCAAGGUGGCUCAGCUGCAAGCCUGCUUUCUCGAAUGUCACUAGCGCCUGACGCAAAAUCUUUGCCGGGCGAGGCGGCUGCAGCGGCGCCCUCAAAUCUGUUCACUGCUAAACAAAGCAAGAAGAAGGCGAAUGGCAAGAUCGCAGCAACAGCGACAGGGCAGAAACCGCCCAAUGCCCCAGCAGCCUCGUCUGCAUUGGCUCCUCCUACGGUUGCAGACCCUCUCUCUCCGGGUUCGACCGGAGUUGCCACUCCUGUCCUACAGACUGUCGACGCUUUCGGCGGACAAUCUACAAAGGGUCUCACAAGCCAGGUCGCGGCGGGCAGAUCUGUCGAUGACUCUCCUGCAGCAGCAGUCACAAGCGACUCGGCGUCGGCUUCGUCGUCCGCCAGCGCUGAGCCAUUAACCGAAGGUGGAACUCUGUCUCCUAUCUCAACUGCAGGAGGUUCAGUCGAUUCCUCCGACCCCUUUGUUGGCGAGUCUUCAGCUUGUCAACCUGCCUCUUCCCCCAUGCCUCACUUCGACUGGGCAGACGAAGAAGAUGACGACGACGAGCUACCAGAUCUCGACGGCUGGGGUGUUACACUGGCACAAUCAACGAGCUCCCCAGCGCUCCCUGAGACCGAAGCAGUCCCUACAGGCGUCUCAGCAAUGACUUCUUCUGCCUCUGCGCCGAUGUUACCGGCAGACAAGAGUGGUGCAUCUACGCACGCUCAAGGACCAAAGCAAAAGAAGCCUGCUGGUUGGGGCAAGAGAGGCGAACUGCGCUCGGACGCCCCAUCUCCAGCUAGCGAUCUUCAGUCGAGAUUAGGAGGCAUCAAAAUUGCAGGCAUUGCUGCAUCAUCUGGUGACAAUGCGCCUCCCACAGGCCCACGAGGCGCGGGCGCUCCCCCCAGGAGGGAGCUUCUGCCUGGUAGUGGGCCUAGUCCGGGAGGGCAUCAUGCAUCUGAAGCUGCGGGAGGGAAGGGGCCUCGAGGUCGAGGAGCCUCCGGCCCUGGCGGUGGAGCUUGGCUCCAUGAUAUGGUACAGGGUCCUCCUCCCGCUAGACGCACCGAGCGACCGAAGCCCCAGUUGAGCGAAGGGGGUGCUUUUGCCAGGUUGGCAAAAGGCAUUGUUGGUGUCAAGGGCAGCGGGCCUGCUCCAAAUGAGAAGACACCGGUCAGCACACCUGUGAGCCCACCACGAAACGCGCCUACAGGACCUGCUGCAGGUUCGGGGGCUAAAGGGGCUAAUGGAGGAGGGGUGGUAGGAGGUAAAGGCGGUAAAGGAAAGGGACACUCUUCGCCUCGCAAGCCGAGUCACACGAAGAGCCCUGCGAAGGCGUGAGGCAGAUGUUUCGUAAUUUGCGUCAAAGGACAGUUUUUGCUUCGUUUUUGUACUGCACUGCAAUCGUAAGAUAGAGUCACCUAGC